AUGGCAUCUAAUCAAUCACCAAACUCAUUCCAGCCCUUCACCAUCUCCGAACGCAUCCAACAACUCAACGAGAUCGACAAGAAAAUCGCCGAAAUAAUGACCCACACAAGCACCGCCCUAACAGCCCUAACCCCCUCCCCCUCAACCCCCCUCUCCACCCAACAACAAACCUUCAAAUCCUCCAUGGACGCCUUCAUCACGACGCUGCACACCAUCGACGUGCACAUGAAACGGCAGAUCUUCGGCCUCGAGGAAGCGGGCAUCAUCGACCUGUCUAACGACCGGGCCGAUGCGGCGGACCAGAGGCAGAAGAAGAAGGCGGCGACGCUGAGUCCGACGGCGGUGGGAACCGUGGGGAAUCUGGAUGUGGGUUGGUUGAAUAGUAGGAGGAAUCGGGUGGAGAGGGAUAUGGAGGCGGAGCUUUGGCGGACGGGGAGGGAGGUUUUGGAAGGGGGGAAGGGUGAGGGGACGGGGGCUGUGAAGGGGGAACCUAUGGAGGAGUGA